CUUUUUUUACGACGGCGCUGUAAAGCAACUGAGCCGAACCGACGCCUUGUUAAUUCUCGGCCCCCCUCGGCAUGGAGGCGCGCUUCACGCGCGGGAAGUCGGCGCUGCUGGAGCGCGCGCUGGCGCGGCCGCGCACGGAGGUGAGCCUGAGCGCCUUCGCGCUGCUCUUCUCGGAGCUGGUGCAGCACUGCCAGAGCCGCGUGUUCUCGGUGGCCGAGCUGCAGGACGCGCUGGUGGCGCGCGAGAAGGGCGCCCGGCGGGAGACCAAGGUGCUGGGCGCGCUGCUGUUCGUCAAGGGCGCCGUGUGGAAGGCGCUGUUCGGCAAGGAGGCCGACAAGCUGGAGCAGGCCAACGACGACGCGCGCACCUUCUACAUCAUCGAGCGCGAGCCGCUCAUCAACACCUACAUCUCGGUGCCCAAGGAGAACAGCACGCUCAACUGCGCCAGCUUCACGGCGGGCAUCGUGGAGGCGGUGCUCACGCACAGCGGCUUCCCGGCCAAGGUCACGGCGCACUGGCACAAGGGCACCACGCUCAUGAUCAAGUUCGAGGAGGCGGUCAUCGCGCGGGACCGGGCCCUGGAGGGCCGCUGACCACCCCACCCCACCCGGGAGAUAAAGGAUGCAGAGAGCCCCUUCCC